AUGGCGAUUAAGGUUGACCUUGGAUGUGAGAAAUGCCGCAAGAAAAUCAAGAAAGUACUGUGUAAAAUAUGUGAAGGCAAACACAGUGACAAUAACUGUGUAACUGUGGCAUCUAGCUUUCCUGAAAAGAUCAAGAAAAAGAUAUGCUGCAAAGGAGGUGAAGCUGUGAAAGGCAUUGAAAUCAAGGUACCAGAGAAGCCGCCGGCUAAACCCACAGAUAAUAAAGCUCAGCCAAAAAAACAAGAGAAACCCACAUCUCUUGAACCGGUUACAGGGCACCCAAUUGACGCUGGACCAGGAAAAAUCACUGCAGCAUGA